CAAAAUGAAAACAUUUACCAAAGAUUGACAUUUGUUUAUAUCCUUUAUAAUCAUUUUUAUUUUCACUAUUCUUUGUCUUCUUUUUCUCCUUUUGACAUUGUUCCCCUUGUUCAUAAAGAGACAAUGAAGUUGCUACUAAUUUUACAAUUGAUAUGCACCAUUACUGUUGCCUAUUCAUUCAUACUGCAGCCACUGCCAACAAAGACCGCAACUGUCCCGACUAAUGGAAAGCAUCUCGAUUCACCAACACCUGCUCCACAAAAACGAUUAGUGAAGCGUGAUGUAUCUGAUACAUUGAGCUUAUACGAGAUGUGGGCGGAUGAUUGCAAUAACAACAAUAAGAAUAAUGCAAAAGUGGCUAUAUCAGGCCUAAAUGCUCUCUGGCAAACUGUAACAAGCACUGUAUAUUGCGGAAACGGCCGCGUUACUACUAUUACAAAAACUGUAACAGCAACAUCGACGGCAACUGCUACAAAAGGAACCGGAGGAAGUGGUAGUAGUGGUGGUAGUAAAGGAAACACCUGUGAUGAUCAAUGCUGGAGCACUUAUUUAUGGCACACAUAUGGCUACGGUAUUUCUGUUGCUCAAGGCAUUACAGGCACGAUCUUGAUGAUUCUUGGUAUUUGUUUCUUAAUCUUUGGCUUCAGCUCUUUCCGUGGAACUUUGGCUGCAACUGGUUUCGUCUUUUUUGCCUGUAUGACGUGGAUUGGCCUAGUCAAUAACGAACCCCAAUAUGGGUAUCCAAACAACGAUGCCGUUUAUCUUUCAGUCUCAUGUGGUCUUGGUCUCAUCGGCGCCUUUCUCUUUAUGUAUAUCUACAGUAUAGCCGUGUACUUUAUCGGCUGCGUCGGUGGAUUCUUUCUCGCUGUCUUCAUUCUCUCAUGGAAGGAUAGUCUUACUAUUCAGAUUCAAGUUGCACGUAUUUGCUUUAUUGUUGGCAUGGGCAUAUUAUUUGCCAUAUUUAUUUGUUUAGCAGAAAGUUAUUUUGUCAUAUUUUGCACUUCCUUUAUUGGUGCAUACAUAUUCAUGCUUGGCCUUGAUCUCUUUGCUCAUACUGGUAUGGUCAAUGCUUUCCUUGUGAUCUUUGAUGGAAACCAAUACCAUCAUAAUGUGUAUAUUAUGAGAACAUCUGUUUAUGUAAUGCUGGCAUUUGUUAUAUUCCUUACCAUUAUUUCUUUUAUUUGGCAAUAUUAUUGGAAUAUUGUCUGUAAAAAGAAGGGCUUUGGUAUUAACCUUGAAGAAAGAGUCGAAGAAAAAGUAGUAGAAGCUUAAAGUGAUAUAAGUGUAUUAUUUACCCUCUCAGUAUUUCAGUAUCUCAUACUGUAUUCUUAUUAAUUAUUGAUGUAAAAUAAAGAAUUAUUUACGUAAAAAGACGACAAAGAAAAAUAUGUUUGAAUAAAAC